AGAAGUAUGGAAGGCAAGAUAUUGAAUUUUAACAAUAACAAUAUCGCACAGCAAUUCUCUUUUAGGUUUGGUCUUGUUGCUUCCGUCCGGGUGCUUUGCCCACUAGAUGGCUGACGCAUCGCCGCAUCGGGUUCGCUGUGUCCGCAUUUGAGUACUACUGUACUGCUACUGCUACUGCUGCUCCUACACUUCUACUUGUUUAUUAUUAUUGUUUGGGUUGGGCCGCUCUUCUCAAUUCUCAUUCUCACUCUCACCUCCUCCUCCUCUUCUCUGCAACUACUCACACCUCGGUCUCAACCUCUCAUGGCUUCCAAUACCGCCAUUAUUGCUUGGGGCUCAGGAGAAGAUGGGCAAUUAGGAUUGGGAAGUAAUGAAGAUAAGGAGUGGGUUUCCGUUGUUAAAGCUCUGGAGUCUCAAAAAGUUCGCUCUGUAGUUGCCGGUAGCCGAAAUUCCCUCGCCAUUUGCGAAGAUGGCAAGUUGUUUACAUGGGGCUGGAAUCAAAGAGGAACGCUUGGGCACCCUCCUGAAACUAAAACUGAAAAUAUCCCAAGCCAGGUUAAAGCUCUGGCUAAUGUCAAGAUUGUCGAGGCUGCUAUUGGUGGGUGGCAUUGUUUGGCUGUUGAUGAUCAAGGCCAGGCUUAUGCUUGGGGUGGAAAUGAGUAUGGUCAGUGUGGUGAAGAACCUGAGAGAAAGGACGACACUGGUAGACCUCUGAGAAGGGAUAUAGUGAUUCCUCAGCGGUGUGCGCCAAAGCUUGUAGUCCGCCAGGUAGCUGCUGGAGGUACUCAUUCUGUGGUACUUACACUGGAGGGGCAAGUAUGGACAUGGGGUCAACCAUGGCCUCCUGGUGAUAUAAAGCAGAUUUCUAUUCCAGUCCGAGUCCAAGGUCUUGAAGCCGUCAGAUUGAUUGCAGUUGGGGCAUUUCAUAAUUUGGCUCUCCAAGAGGAUGGUACUUUAUGGGCAUGGGGUAAUAAUGAAUAUGGACAACUGGGAACUGGAGAUACCCAACCCAGAUCACAACCAAUUCCUGUUCAAGGGCUUUCUGGUCUUACUCUGGUUGAUAUAGCUGCUGGAGGAUGGCAUUCUACUGCACUUACAGAUGAAGGAGAGGUGUAUGGUUGGGGACGAGGGGAACAUGGAAGACUUGGAUUUGGAGAUGAUGACAAAAGCAGUAAAAUGGUGCCCCAGAAGGUGAAUCUUUUAGCUGGGGAGGAUAUUGUUCAGGUAUCUUGCGGAGGCACUCACUCAGUUGCAUUAACCCGUGACGGUCGCAUAUUUUCGUUUGGUCGGGGAGACCAUGGACGGCUUGGAUAUGGGAGGAAGGUGACGACCGGACAACCAAUGGAGGUUCCCAUAAACCUAUCUCCUCCUACAGAGAAUACAACCGAUGAUGAAGGUGAGGAACGUUGGAUAGCUAAGCUUGUUGCUUCCGGAGGUCGCCAUACUAUGGCCAUUGUGCAAUGGCAGACUCAUGAUGAGUCAAAGCAGUGAUCAAAUCAAAUCAAAUCCUUUUCUUUUGUGGAGAACUUUGUUCAACUUAAGUACUAAUAACCGCAGUAAAUGUUGGUUUUUCAGAAGACCAUACCAUAACUCGAAUGAACAACUUUUCCACUUCAAUAUAGAAAAGACAAGCAAUAAUAAUAAUAAUAAUAAUAUUCUUGGGACUUU